AUGGUCGCUGACAACUCGGUACUCACGACAGGCAGACUGCUCGUCGCGACCUUCCUCCUCCCAGACACAAUCUCCUUCCAAGUCCCCGCUCGCGACAAGGACGGUCGCAUACGCUCAACCAGCCUCAAGAACUGCAUCCCCGUUGCCAAUGAUCGCCUCUUUUCUUCUACCACCCCUCCUGCUACUAAUACCAUCCCUUCCCAGCAACAACAGCAGCAACAUCAUCACCACCAAGCCAGCGCCAACAGCACUCAUCUCCCUGCCCCGGUCGCGCGUCCAGUACCAACCACGCUUCACCCUCUUGCUGCUGUCGAUACCUUCAAUGGCGGCAUGCUCGAUCAGGAUCAGAUGCCUCUCUCGGUGCCGGCCUCCACUUCAAGAAGAGGCACUCCUCGUGAGAUGGUCCUGACAUCCAACAGCAUCCUUGUCCCACCACCACCCGCAUCCCCAAGCUUCUACAGGGGUGUUUCCUCUACAGGCGAGGCUGUGACGACCGUGCCCAAGCUCAUCAGCAGCAAGGCUGAUCGAUUGAAGGAUCAGGAGCGUCCCGCAAUACCCCAAAGGAGUUCAUUCCACGGUUCGCAUGCCGUACCCCCUCCUUCGAUUUUGGCCCCACCCGAGGCCAAGGAUGAGCGUGGCAGAGUCUUCCCCGAAGCAGCUCCUCGCCCGGCUCUGAACCAGCCUCGCAGCAGGACUAAUGAUCAUCUCUCAAUCCUCACCCACCAAACCACUCCACAGCGCCGGUCCUCGAUCGAUUCGGCCAAGGUCUUUGCUGAGGCUGCAUGGACGGUCGAAAAGGCGAACGGCGGAAACAUUGGACUCCAUAAUGCCGUGAAUUCUAUCCAGAGCCAAUUGACCAAGCGGGUUUGGGUGGGAACUCUGGGCAUGGCGACCGACAGUCUCCCGGACUCGACACGUGGCGACAUCAAGGCCGAAUUGGCGCUCAAUCACAGUUCGAUCCCUGUCUUUGUUAGCGAUCUGGAUUUUGAGGGACAUUACCACCAGUAUUGCAAGCAGAUCCUGUGGCCAAUUUUCCAUUAUGUGUUGCCGGACAACCUGAGGAGCAAAGGAUACCAAGAGGGCUCUUGGAAACACUACGUCGCAGUGAACCGUGCCUUUGCAGAUGCAAUCGUCGAAAGUUAUCGCCAGGGUGACACAAUCUGGGUCAAUGAUUACCAUCUGAUGCUUGUCCCCAACAUGAUCCGAGAGCGACUUCCCGACGCAUCCAUCGGCUUCUUCCUGCAUAUCCCAUUCCCCAGUUCUGAAAUCUUCCGGUGCUUGCAUGUUCGCAAGGAGGUCCUGGAAGGUCUCUUGGGUGCAGAUCUAGUCGGUUUCCAAACCUAUUCGUUCGCCCGACAUUUCCUCCAGACCUGUUCUCGUUUGUUAUCAGUCGAUUCGAGUCCCAAAGGAAUCCAGCUUGAGAACACGGCGGUCAAUGUCGGUAUCUUUCCGAUUGGUAUCGACACCAAGACAUUGAACAUCAAGCGUCAGGAUCCCGAGGUUGUUCAAUGGGUCAAGGUGCUGAAAGAGAAGUAUGCUGGCAUGAAGCUGAUCGUUGCCCGUGAGAAGCUGGAUUAUAUCAAGGGCGUUCGUCAGAAGAUGCUGGCCUUUGAACGUUUCUUGGAUCUCUACCCUGAGUGGCAAGGAAAGAUUGUGUUGAUUCAAGUUGCAUUGUCGACCUCGGAACAGAACGAAGUACAGGGCCAGGUGUCGGAUGUGGUGACCCGGAUCAACUCCAGGUUCAGCAACCUGUCGUAUCAGCCCAUUGUGUUUUUGCGUCAGGACAUUACGUUCAGCCAGUACUUGGGACUUCUCACUGCGGCGGAUGUGUGUCUGAUCACCUCUCUCCGCGACGGCAUGAAUCUCACCUCACACGAGUAUGUUGUCUGCCAGGAGGAGUCAAAGAACCCCUUGAUCCUCAGCGAGUUUGCGGGAACAUAUGGAAGUUUGGGAGCAUGCUUGCGCGUGAACCCCUGGAACUACUCCGAGGUGGCAGAGGCGAUUCACGAAGCCCUGGAGAUGAAGGACGACGAGAAGGUGGUUCGGUGGAACGAGCUGCGAAAGCAUGUCAGCACCAACACUGCUCAGUUCUGGGCAACGGAUUUCGUCUCGGAGCUGAUAAAGGUCCAUGGUGAUGUCCAGCGACGUUACUCGAUUCAUAUCCCUCUACUCAACAUGCAGGUCGUCAUUCCAGAGUUCCGAUCUGCCAAGCGGAGGCUAUUGUUGCUGGAUUAUGACGGAACAUUGUUACCUUACGAGCGAUCCUUGUCCGUACGGGCUAAAGGCAAGACGACCAACGAAGAGAUGCUAAAGAUCGUCAAACAAUUGGCGGCAGACCCCAGAAACGUUGUCUACAUCAUGAGCGGUCGCACUCGCCAAAGUCUUGAGAAUAUCUUUGGAUCUAUUGAUUCUAUUGGUCUGUGUGCCGAGGGUGGAUGUUUCUUGAGGCCCGCUGGCAAGUCGGCUUGGGAGGACCAGUUCCAGGAGGGAACCGAUAUGCAGUGGCGCAAGAAGGUCAUGGAGAUGUUUGAAUACUACAAGGAGAGGACGCCAGGAUCUGAGAUUGAGGAGAAGACUGUCCCAAUCGUCUGGCACUACCGCCAGGCAGACAACCCAAGUUACGGACUGUGGCAAGCCCGCGAAUGCAAGAACCACCUCGAAGAGGCCAUCGGAUCCAUUUACCCCAUCCACACCAUUGUCGGCCGGAAAUGCCUCGAAGUCAUGCCCCGCGAUGUCUCAAAGGCCCACGCCACAAAGGCUAUCGUCGAGUCCCUCCGUCAACAACACGGGCCGGACGCGAUUGAUUUUGUUCUGUGUAUAGGCGACGAUCGCUCGGAUGAGGAUAUGUUUGUGUACUGUAAUGGGUUGAAACUGGGCGGUGGGGCUGGGAAUGUGGCGGCUGGGAAUGCAGCUGCAGAGUCCGCGGUGGCUGUAGGCGCAGAUGCGGAGGAUGCGAGGGAACAUCAUCGGGUGGUCACCUGUACGGUUGGAUCCAAGGGCUCUGAAGCACGCUGGUUUGUCCCCGGUGUGUCUAGUGUUUUGCAGGGACUUCUGGUCAUGGCAAGUCAAGACUAG